GUUAUGAAGCAUUUAAAGUGUUUACGUCGAUACAAAAUGUUCAAGCAGUUUUUACAAGAGGCAUAGGUGGCGUAAUUGUAAUGAAUGUAGCACUGUAAUGCGUUAGGUAACAUUUCUGGAUGUUAGUUUCAGUAAAUAAAGCGCAUCCGCACGCCAUUGAAGUCCAUUCACUGAGAGCCACGUGACACUAUUAUAAAGAUGGAGUUUAUUAAAGAGGAGAGUGAAGACAUAAGGAUUGUAGAAACAUUCAGAGUCAAACAAGAAGAUACUGAAGAAAAAACAGACUUGAUGUCACUGAAAAAGGAGAGUCAAGAACCCAAUGAAAAGGAAGAUGAAGAUCAGUAUGAAAAGCAUCAUGAUUUCGAAAUUGGAGAAAAAUCAUUUAGUUGCUCACAGACUGAAAAGACACAAAAAAGAGCUUAUAAGACAGGAAAUAGAAGUUAUCUCACCUGCCAACAUGUGGAAAGAGUUUCAAAAGAUUUGGAAACCUUAAUUCCCACAUGAGAAUUCACACCGGAGAAAAGCCUUACACGUGCUCUCAAUGUGGAAUAAAUUUUACUCUUAAAGAAACUCUUAGAAUGCACAUGAGAACUCACACUGGAGAAAAGCCUUACACCUGCAAACUGUGUGGAACAAGCUUCAGUCGAACAUCAAGCCUUAAAAACCACAUGAGAAUUCAUACCGGAGAGAAGCCUUACACAUGCUCUCAAUGUGAAAGGAGCUUUGCACAUAAACAAAACUUUGAUGUCCACAUGAGAAUUCACUCUGGAGAGAAACCUUACACAUGCAAAUCAUGUGGAAAGAGAUUCAUUCGAAAAUCAAACCUUAAAACCCAUAUGAAAAUUCACAGUGGAGAGAAACCUUACACAUGUACUCAAUGUGGAAAAUGUUUUACAUAUAAACAUAACCUUCAUGUCCACACAAGAAUUCAUACUGGAGAGAAACCUUUCACCUGCCAACAGUGUGGAAGGAGUUUUACUGAACAAGCAAACCUAAAUGUUCACAUGAGAAUCCACACUGGAGAAAGCCCUUUCACCUGCCAACAGUGUGGAAAGUGUUUCACUCAAAAAGGAAACCUUAAAAAACACAUGACCAUUCACACUGACAUAAUGGCGUUGAAUGAGAUUGAAGAUGAAGAUCAAAAUGAGAAUCAAGUCCAAGUAAAAAUUAAUUCUAGAAAAAAGCCUUUCACCUGCCAACAGUGUGGAAAAAGUUUCACUCAAAAAAGAAACCUUAACAGGCACAUGGGAAUUCACUCCGGGGAGAAGCCUUUUUCCUGCCAACUGUGUGGAAAAAGCUUGACUCGUAAAAUAGAUCUUGAAAGUCACAUGAGCAUUCACACUGGAGAGAGUCCCUUCACCUGCCAACAGUGUGGAAAGUGUUUCACUCGUAAAAUAGGACUUGAAAGGCACAUGAAAGUUCAUACUGGAGGGAGCCCCUUCACCUGCCAACAGUGUGGAAAAUGUUUCACUCAAAAAGGAACCCUUAAUAGGCACAUGGGAAUUCACACUGGAGAGAAGCCUUUUUCCUGCCAUCUGUGUGGAAAAAGCUUCACUCGUAAAAUAGAUCUUCAAAGGCACAUGAGAAUUCACACCGGAGAAAAGCCUUACAACUGCUGUCAGUGUGGAAAAAGUUUCACUCAAAAAAAAACCCUUAAUAGGCACAUGGAAAAUCACUCUGAGGAGAAUCUUUUUUCUUGCCAACUCUGUGAAAAAAGCUUGAGUAGUAAAAUAGAUCUUGAAAAGCACAUGAGAAUUCACACUGGAGAGAGUCCCUUCACCUGCCAACAGUGUGGAAAAUGUUUCACAAAAAAAGGAACCCUUAACAGGCACAUGGGAAUUCACACUGGAGAGAAGCCUUUUUCCUGCCAACUGUGUGGAAAAAGCUUCACUCGUAAAAUAGAUCUUCAAAGGCACAUGAGAAUUCACACCGGAGAAAAGCCGUACAACUGCCGUCAGUGUGGAAAACGUUUUUGUCAAUAUGGAAACCUUAAAGUCCACAUGAGAAUACACAAUGGAGAAAAUCCCUUCACCUGCCAACAAUGUGGAAGAAGGUUCAAUCAUAAAGGAAGCUUUAACCGGCACAUGAGAUCUCACACUGGAGAGAGGCCUUAUACCUGCUCUCAUUGUGGAAAAAGUUUCGAACAACAUGGAAACCUUAAAGUCCAUAUGAAAAUUCACACUAGGGCUGGGCAAUAAAAUGCUAGUUAUCACAAUGUAAUUUUGGUUGAUAAAAUGAUAAUGCGUAUUCAAUAUAAGAUUAAUGAGAGAAAAAGCAGACCAUUUAUCCGCUCGGCUCAAACAGCAGAGGUUACUUGCUGAUCUCUCUCGAUCAUGUCACAACAUUUAAGAGAAAUGCUUGAAUAUAGUAAAGAAUGCAAAUUUCACAUUGUUUAAAAACAGCACUGACAUUUUCAGCAGGAGAAACACUGUGUCAAGAAGGCUUUUCCAUGGAUUUACUGUUGUAAUAAAUCUAUGUGGACUUUCAUUAUAUUAAUGUAGGCAUGUAUUAAUGCAUUAAAGGGGACCUAUUGGGUGUUUUCAAA